AUGGAUCUCAUGGACGUGAAUGGUGAAGCCUCCGCAUCAAACCUGUCGUCGGCUAUGAGUACAGAGCUCAGCUCAAACGCACUCUCAGGAACAGUUCGUGCUCCAGCUCUUCACUCGCACACCGUGAUCGUACACACGGAGUACGACAUCUCUGCGCCACCACCCCUUCCAGGACCCGAAUGGACGCGCUUUGUAUGCAUCAGCGACACGCAUUCGCGGCAGUUUGCAGUUCCUGAGGGAGAUGUGCUUCUGCAUAGCGGUGACCUGACGAACUCGGGCACGUAUAACGGGUUCCGCAGCACCAUAGAAUGGCUUGCAGAUCUGCCGCACCCGCAUAAGAUCAUCAUAGCAGGCAACCAUGACCUCCCUUUAGACCAGAAUGACGACUGGUACGAGAAGAACUGGGAACGAUGGCACUGGCCUGAGAAAGAGGACGUGAGCAUGAUCAAGGAGUUGCUCCAAGGCGAGUUGGCUACGAGCGCCAAUAUCCUAUACCUUGAAGACCAGAAGUACGAAUUCCGUGUCAAGGAAGGUGGCAGACUCUGGUCUGUCUAUGGAUCACCUUGGUCCCCCGACUUCUAUAACUGGGCAUUCAACUAUGAGCGUGGUCUGCAAGCAGAAAAGAUCGUGUCUUCCAUCCCGAAGACGGACAUCCUGCUAACACACGGCCCGCCAUUCGGCAUCCUCGACGAAACGAUAACGCACGAGCAGGUCGGAUGCGAGACUCUCGCUAUGCGCCUAGCGACCACGCUCCGCCCGCGCUUGCACGUGUUCGGACAUAUCCACGAGGCGCAUGGCGCACUCAUUCAGGAGUGGGACGCGGACGGCCAGGGUCGAGCGCACGGGGAGCGCACGGUCUUCGUGAACGCGGCGAAUUGGCCUAUGGGUCCCCGCGCGCGCCCGGCGCCGGGUGAGAGUCGCAUCCAGUUCGGCGAGAGGCCCUUUCAGCCUGUCAUUGUCGACCUCCUUGACUAG